CCGACGUCGGCGGCGUCGGCUGGCUGAGUGGGGACGGGGUCGGAGGGGAACUGGCCGGGCGGAAGAAGUCGAGCCCGAAGUAUUUCCGGUUCCGGUGUCAGUUAGAGGCGCCGCCGCUGCAGCCGCCGGAGCCGCGAUGCCUAAAGGAGGGAGAAAGGGAGGCCACAAAGGCCGGGCAAGGCAGUACACGAGCCCCGAGGAGAUCGACGCACAGCUCCAGGCUGAAAAGCAGAAGGCCAGGGAAGAAGAGGAACAAGGAGAAGAAGGUGGAGAUGGGGCUGCAGGUGACCCCAAAAAGGAGAAAAAAUCCCUAGACUCAGAUGAGAGCGAGGAUGAAGAAGAUGAUUACCAGCAAAAGCGCAAAGGUGUAGAAGGGCUCAUUGACAUUGAGAACCCCAACCGGGUGGCACAGACAACCAAAAAGGUCACACAGCUGGACCUGGAUGGGCCCAAGGAACUUUCAAGGAGAGAAAGAGAAGAAAUCGAGAAGCAGAAAGCAAAAGAGCGUUACAUGAAAAUGCAUUUAGCGGGGAAGACGGAGCAAGCCAAGGCUGACCUUGCCCGGCUGGCGAUCAUCCGGAAACAGCGGGAGGAGGCUGCCAGGAAGAAAGAAGAAGAGAGGAAAGAUGGAGGUGGGUGUUCCUGCCCGCCACCUCCCAGGAUGCUAGGAGAGUCCAGCAGCAGCGGAGUCAGAUCAAAAGAUGAUGCAGCUUUGUCAGGAAAACGAAUGCAGUCGCUCUCCCUGAAUAAGUAGCACGGCCUGUGGGAGGAGAUAGCAGGGAACUGGGCCGUGCUGCCAGGACCUCUGCCGUGUCUCACCCACCCUGUGCCCCGGCGCCACUGCAGCAGCCCCUCGCGGCGAGGAGCCCCCCACGGCUCCUCUUCAUCUUGGCACAGAAAUCGUUUGGGGGGAUGGUGGGUGGGGGGAGGGGCAGCUGCUAUCUUUGAGACAGAAAGAUGCAGGACAGCAUUUCAUAUGUAACCAUUUGAAUGUUUUGGCUGUUUUUAGAAUUCAGAACCCUUGUGGGGGGGGUGCCUGGGAGGUGGGGUAAGAAGAGCUUCCGUUUGUCUGGUCGAUUGCGGGGCAGGGGGCAGUUGAGCCGCAGUAGCUGCUGACAAGUUUGUGAUGGACGGCCCCCUGUCUGUGUUGCCCCGGCGCCCAACUGGGGGGCUGUCGCCUGGGAGCCAGGGCCCUGGGUCUCUGAGGGUCAUGGCUCAUCCCCAGCCAGUUCCCUCUGACUGAGGCUUCACUCCUGACCUUCCCACCCUACUCCCUACCCCCGACUGACUCUGGCCAGGGCCCGGGCCCAUUCUUAACCCUGCCCAUGGAUCAUUUCAAGAAACCUGUUUACUGUGUAGCCCCCAGGCAAAACAUGCUCCACAAGUCCAACUUGUAUAUUUGGCAAAUUAAACUUGACAUUAUCGUAAUUCUGGUUCUGUGAUCUGUCUCUGGGCCCCCAUGCCUGGGCUGUUUUCACCCAGCAGGACAAGGUGUCACUCUCAGGCAGGCCCACCCCAGGGUUCGGGUGGCACCAAUCCGGGUACAGGGACUGGACCCCGGGCAUCCGAGCUGGGAGAGACUUCAGGAUACAGGAGCCAGCCCCCUCCCCUCCUUUAAUCAAGCGGGGACCUUAGGCCGGAGGGGCCAGGGACCUGUGCACAGUACAUAGCGUCCUGUCCUCCUGGUGCCCCCUGGUGGUGACAGCCUCAGGAUUUCAGGGCUGGGAGUAAGGGACCCAACACCCAGCAUGACUGCUAGGCAUUACCUUGUUCGUGGUGGGAUGGCAGUGGGGAAGCCGAGGCUUAGCACAGUCACGUGGGCGCCUGUUCUGCUUCUGCACCCCUCCAGGAGGGGCACCGCCUCCUAAACAGCAGUCCCCUCUGCGCGGUCCUGAGAGGCGAAUGGGCGCCAGGCAGGGAGGGACUCGGUGAAGACUAAGGGGAGCUGUGUAGCCUGAGCUGUCUCUGGGGACUGAGAAUUUUUAUCUCCUGAUUUAAAAAAGAAUCAGUGGGUCUCCUCUCACCGAGGAGACUAUCCUGAGGGACAGGCCCUAGAACAGUGGGGGGGGGGGGGGGCUUCCUUAAGUAUCAUUUGUCCUGAAGAUGUGAGGACAGUUCACAAUUAGAUCUACUGAUGUAAUUCAUUACCUAGUUGGACUAAAAGAAAAACCAUGGUUACGUAAACAGGUAACUAAAAAGCAUGUGAGGGCUUCCCUGGUGGCGCAGUGGUUGAGAGUCCGCCUGCCGAUGCAGGGGACAUGGGUUCGUGCCCUGGUCCAGGAAGAUCCCACAUGCCGCUGAGCGGCUGGGCCCGUGGGCCGUGGCUGCUGGGCCUGUGCGUCCGGAGCCUGUUGCUCCGCACUGGGAGAGGCCGUGGUGGUGAGAGGCUCACGUACCGCAAAAAAAAAAAAAAAAGCACGUGAUUAAACAAAAA